CUUCGGUUAUGUUGUCAUGAACGAGUCGCGAAUAAUAUUAUAUUUUGAAUCCGCCAAACUGUUCGUAUAGUUUGUCGAUCGAAUCACAUGCGUAUGUGUAUGAAAUUUCGAUGUAACAUAAUACACUCAAUGGUAACACGUCGAAUUUUGAAACCAUGAAGAUUUGAAAAUUAAUUAAAUUAUUUUCAUAACGACUAAAAGAAGAUUUUAGUCUACAAAACCAUACUUAUAUUAUUAAUUUAUUAUUCUUAUAUUACGUUAGAAUGCAAAAAUUUAAAAUCAAAAUGUUUUUUUUUCUGUGAUGUGUUUGACUAUCUUCAAUGUCAAGUUUUUUAAACAAUCAAAAGUGAAUUAAUUAAUAUAGUUUUUUUCUAACAAAGUAUCACUAUGAAGAAAUUUCUUAAGUUUGGACUUCUCAUAUUUUAUGUUAUACCAUGUACAUUGACGUUGAUUCAAAACCCAACUAAAUUUCAAGGUCGCGACUAUUGGUACGAAGAGGCUAGAUCCGCGCUAAAAAAACGGUUGGCCAGCUACGAGGGUAAAAUGGGAAGAGCGAAAAAUGUGGUGUUUUUAGUCGGUGAUGGAAUGGGCGUGUCUACUUUGACCGCUUCAAGAAUAUUCAAGGGACAGAGACGGGGCAACCAAGGAGAAGAGGAGCAAUUGAUUUGGGAUUCGUUUCCCGCUGUGGCAAUGGCAAAGACCUACAAUUUAAACGCUCAAAUUGGCGAAUCGUCAGCAUGUGCUACUGCAUUAUUAUGUGGUGUAAAAGCCAAUUUCGAAACAGUUGGCUUAGACGGAAGUGGAAAAUUCGAAAAUUGUUAUUCCAGUUUUACGUCUAGAGUUGAUUCAUUGGCUUACUGGGCUCAACAGGAAGGUAAAUCAACUGGACUAGUAACCAAUACUCGAAUUACGCAUGCUACACCGUCGGCUUUAUACGCGCACUCACCUAGCCGAUAUUGGGAAGAUGAUGGAAAAGUGCCGAUUCCUGCAAGAAAAUCAUGUAAGGACAUAGCCCGCCAGCUGGUAGAGGAUGAUCCUGGUAGAUUUAUAAAUGUAUUACUAGGUGGUGGCAGAAGACACUGGUUGCCAAAAGUAGCACAAGAUCCAGAACAACCAACUGACGAAGGUAGACGAUUAGACGGCCGGAAUUUGAUAGACGAUUGGAUUAGAGAUAAAAAGAAACGAAACAUUAAAGCCGAAUAUGUGUGGAAUAAUAGUCAGCUAGACAAAAUCGACGCAAAAAAUGUUGAUUAUCUUUUAGGUUUGUUUGCGUAUUCGCACAUGGAGUUUGAGGUAGACCGAGACAAAGGACAAAAUGGUGACCCACCACUACAUGAGAUGGCCGUCAAAGCAUUAUCCAUACUCCAGAAGAACAACAAAGGAUUUUUUCUAUUUGUUGAAAGUGGACGCAUCGACCACGCACAUCAUUAUAAUAAUCCUUACAGGGCGUUAGAGGAAACGCUUGUCCUGGAAUCCACGCUGGAAGCCAUCAUGUCUAAAGUAGACUUGACAGAUACACUAAUCGUUGUUACAUCAGAUCAUUCGCAUGUAAUGACAAUGGGAGGCUUGGCAACCCCUCGUGGCAACGACAUAUUGGGCGUGGACACCAAGUCGUCGGACGUGGACGGGUUGCCGUACAGCACGCUGCUCUACGGUAACGGGCCAGGACACAGCGCCGAACACCGGUUGGUGCCCAUGAUGAACGCCUCGGACGCGGAGACACACAACAGGUUGCACGGGGCCGCGGUGCCCCGACAGUGGGCCACGCACGGCGGCGAAGACGUGCCCGUCUACGCGGCCGGGCCACCAGGCAUCACGCAAGCCCUGUUCUCCGGCACUUUCGACCAGUCGUUCCUGCCGCACGCCAUCGCGUACGUGGCGUGCUUGGCUGAACACGCCGAACGGUGUCGGCGGCAGGACGCCGAAGCCGUCAACCGAAGCAGCAGCGACGCCGCGUUCGUCGCCGGUAAGGCGGGCGUCCUCGGGGCCGGACCUUCGUCGCAGGGCUGCUCGGUGGACACAAACGCCGUGACCAGAACGGUAGCGACAGGUGGUGCCAAAAGCGGAGCGGCUAUAGUGCUGGCCAGUAGCGUGUUGUCCGACAAUGGAUCGUCCAAACAAACUAAUAACACGAAUCCGCUACUGAAUAUGGGCUACGCACUGAUCGCCGUAGCAGCCAUGCUCGUAAUAGCAGUGACAUAA